AUUUUGCAGACUCCGACAUAGAACAGAUUAUUUCCCUGCUACUACUACCGCUACCACAGCAUCCACACAGAGUAUAAGUGAAAAGUAAUUACAAUUGAAAAUAUGGCCGAGCGAAACCGUACCAUGCGAACUUUGAAACGCUCGGAGACAGAGAUUUUGAACGAAAAAAGGAUCUCUAUUUCUCUUGUAUAUUUUUUCUGUUUUUGUUUUCGUUCUUUUUUAUCUCUCGAACAUUCUACCCCCCGAUAAAAAGACACGAAACAUUGACUGUGUUCCCCCUCUGCCCCACUACUACUUCGAGAUCAUAUUCGACUGAUAUUAACCUCUACUACACAGCGACUACCACGCUUCCCACAGAGGUGCGAAGUGCGGCAUAAAAACUCAUAAUCUGAAAGGGGAUGCACACGCAGAAAAGACCAGAUCGUUCACCACACAAACGUGGCUCAUAUCGAUGUGAUGAAACCUGCUGAAAGCCCGAAGCUAGCAGGGAUCGAUUCCAUGAUGCUGAGCCGACCACGGGCGACAUCUACAGCCCAGAAAUUAAAUUCGAAAAUCCCGGCGUAUAUUGCCCAACCGGUGUACGAUUUACGCCAGUCAGGAGAUGUCGCGUUCGGUCCAGGAACACGCUCUGCUCUUCUGGGUAUAUUGGGUGGAGCUUUACCACGUUUGACCACCGAGCAGCAUGAACUGGUUACGCGUGCUAAAAAAUAUGCCAUGGAACAAAGCAUCAAGAUGGUUCUGAUGAAGCAGACUCUUGCCCAUCAGCAGCAGCAGUUAGCUAGCCAGCGCACUCAAGUGCAACGACAGCAGGCACUGGCAUUGAUGUGCAGAGUUUACGUUGGCAGCAUAUCAUUCGAACUUAAGGAAGAUACUAUCCGAGCUGCUUUUCUUCCGUUCGGUCCUAUCAAAUCAAUCAACAUGUCUUGGGAUCCAAUAACUCAGAAGCAUAAAGGUUUCGCCUUCGUUGAGUACGAAAUCCCAGAAGGAGCACAACUGGCUCUAGAGCAAAUGAAUGGAGCUAUGUUAGGAGGGCGCAACAUCAAGGUCGGACGACCAAGCAAUAUGCCUCAAGCGCAGCAAGUUAUCGAUGAAAUUCAGGAGGAAGCGAAGAAUUAUAAUCGUAUCUAUAUCGCAUCUAUUCAUCCUGAUCUGACCGAAGAGGACAUUAAAAGCGUUUUCGAAGCCUUCGGGCCUAUUGUCAUCUGCAAGAUGUCCCAGGGUAGUGCUGCACAUACGCACAAAGGAUACGCGUUUAUCGAGUACCAAACAAAUCAAUCAGCGAUUGAGGCGAUCGCAAGCAUGAAUCUCUUUGAUCUUGGCGGGCAGUUACUAAGGGUCGGUCGUUCUAUAACACCACCAAACGCGCUGAUGGGUCCAGCUGCUAACUCGGCGAUGCCAACGGCUGCUGCCGUCGCUGCAGCUGCUGCCACAGCUAAAAUCCAAGCUAUGGACGCCGUUGCAACCAACGCCGUGCUGGGUCUGUCGGCUGCAACGCCGACCCUAAAGGUCGGGUUAGGGGCCCUUCCGAUUACGCAGACGAUUACCACGGCUGCCAACGCAAACCUGGUUGCGCAAGCGCAGUUAGCAGCUGCAGGGCAGGCGGCGGUAAUCACGCAGCCCGGAUUACUCGUUCCACCAGUAACUAAUGUAACCAGUUUGACAUCAUCGCUGCUCGUUAAUCCGGUUUUGGCUAGCGCAGCUAAACCACUGCAAUCAGUAUUGAGUGGAGCUAAUCCGGCUGCGGUUGCUGCAGCAACGGCCGCCGCUGCAGUCGCUGCCGCUGCUGCUGCGGCCAACCCGAAUGCCACGGCCGAAGAAGUACUCAAGAAGGCACAAGAAAAGCAGCAGGAAGAACUGCAGAAAAAACUGCUGGAAGAAGGAGAACCGCAGACGUUACAGCAGCAGGAAACUAUGUCCAUCAAGGGGCAGAGUGCACGUCAUUUAGUAAUGCAGCGUCUUAUGCGCCCACGCGAAAGUAAGGUCGUUAUUCUGCGUAACAUGGUUGGCCCAGAGGACGUAGACGAAUCGCUGCAGGAAGAGAUUCAGGACGAGUGUGGUAAAUAUGGAAUUGUGGAGCGGGUCAUUAUCUACAAGGAGCGCCAAUCCGAAGGCGAUUAUGCCGAGGACGACAACACGGACGUAAUUGUUAAAAUUUUUGUUGAAUUCUCACAGGCCACCGAGGCAGAUAAAGCCCGCGAAGCACUCCACGGUCGCUACUUCGCUGGCCGACUGGUCAAGGCAGAAUCAUACGACCAAGCGCUCUUUGACCAUGGCGAUCUUUCUGGCUAAAGACGCAAUCAAACGACGAAGAGCGUGACCACACUCUGAUCCAUGUUGAAUCCCCGAAUGCGAAACUUUUCGUGUCCCAUACAAAGCUGCAACAAUUAAGUGUAUUUCAACCCCCCAGCGUCAGGAUUAAGAAGAAAGUGUAUAACCUAUUUUACUAUUCAAUAUUAUUCAAAUGCAUGAGAAAAAAAAUGCACAUACAAAAAGUAUAUAUAUCUAGACAGAAAACACUCGCGUUGGAUCACGUUAAAAUAAAUCUGAAACGAUUGAUUUUCAAAUCAUAAUUUAAUUCUAGUUUACUAAUUUAAUUGUACAUAUAAUACAUUCACGCUUCUUGCAAAGAACAAGCAAAUAAAUAUUGAAAAGUUCAA